AUUAGACAGUUAAGGUGGGGCAGUUUGGAGAUAAAGUUAGAGAGGUGCUGUUAAGAUGGUUUGGAGGUGUGUUGAGGAGAGAUACUGAAUACACUGGGAAAAGAAUGUUAGAGAUGGAGUUAUUAGGUAAGAGGAGAAGAGGAAGACCACAGAGGAGAUAUGUGGAUGUUGUAAUAGGAUAUUUAGAUAGUUAAUGUAGAAACAGGGGGCAGGGGUGAUUUGUUAACACGAUUUACUUUUUUUUGUUUGUUUUUGUUUUUGUUUUAUCAUCAGUUGACUUAAGCUGUUACAUGUGGGUGAUAUUGGAUUUGGAUUAUAUGAACCAUACUGUACAUUUGUAUACCACUGUACGUUAAAACCACAUCAAAUCUAAGCACUAUUCGUCAUUUAACAUACAUGCACAUUUGAGAAUCUUUUCUUUUUACCAUUAGUUUCUACAAAUGUUUAUUUUGCUGUAACGUGUAAUUUUCAGGGUUGCAUAAGCAUUGAUUUUUUUCUUUCUUUUCAUUAUUAUCUACUUAGACACAAUAAUUGGCAUCAGGAAAAAGUCUACCACGGAAAAACAAAGGUGAAGUGGGUUUUAUGAUCGCUAGUCCUAGCCCCUCGGUGUACUGCUUCCAUUACUUGUUUCCUUUGCGUGAUCUGGCAACCCUUAGCAAACUGCGACAGCGCCAAUGGCAGCAAAACAUUAGCGUUGAGGCGUAGAAGAGGAUGACAGCAACAAGGACUGCAUAAAUUGAAAUAGCCUGCCUACAAAGUGUGCUGGUAGUGCUAAAAUUCUCAAGUAUGAUUCCCUGGUUGCCCUGGAGAUGAGGAAGCAUGGGGUGGAUAUCUGAGGUGUCAAGACAAACGUGACCAAAACAUGGUCCUUGUUGGUGAAGAAAAAAAUGGAAAAACACUCAUGUAGGGAGGAGAACAUUCACUCAAGCGAGGCACAGCAGACCAAUGAUGAGUCUGAGGACGGAAGCAGCUCUGAAAGCGAGUCAGAGGAGCGGCAACACCACACACCUGAGACAAACUCCAGCAGCUGCAGAAAGGCGGAACCCUUGGCUGUCACAAAAACACAUCGUCAGCUUUGCCGUUCUCCUUGUCUUGACCGACCCAGUUUUUCCCAGAGUAGCACUGUGUUAGAUUUCCGUGAAGAUGAGACUAGUGUUGGUCCAGGGAUCAGAGCUGCCAAUGACAGGGAAUACCAGACCAAGAUGGAGUUUGCACUGAAGUUGGGCUACACUGGAGAGCAGGUUGAAACUGUGCUCAACAAGUUGGGGCCUGCUGCUUUAAUUAACGAUAUUCUUGCAGAAUUAGUACGGCUUGGAAACAAAGUUGAGACUGACAUUCAACCUUGCAGCACCACAGCCACACUGAUACCACGUUCUCACUGUGCAAAAGAAAUUGUAAGUCCAGAAGUUUCAGUGGAAGAUGAACCUGUGGAUACCUUUGAUAACCUCAGGCCUAUUGUCAUUGAUGGUUCAAAUGUGGCAAUGAGCCAUGGAAAUAAGGAAGUAUUCUCUUGUCGUGGCAUCCAACUUGCAGUGGAAUGGUUUUUUGAAAAAGGACACAAAGACAUCACUGUGUUUGUUCCAGCCUGGAGGAAGGAGCAGUCUCGGCCUGAUGCCCUUAUUACAGAUCAAGAAAUAUUACGCAAGCUGGAAAAAGAGAAGAUUCUGGUGUUCACCCCUUCACGAAGAGUACAGGGCAGAAGAGUUGUGUGCUAUGAUGAUCGCUUCAUAGUGAAGCUGGCUUAUGAUUCUGAUGGAAUUAUUGUUUCAAAUGACAACUACAGAGACCUGCAAAAUGAGAAGCUCGAGUGGAAGAAGUUCAUUGAAGAACGUCUCCUGAUGUACUCUUUUGUCAACGACAAGUUUAUGCCACCUGAUGAUCCACUGGGACGCCAUGGACCAAGCCUGGAAAAUUUUCUUCGCAAGCGUCCUGUUGUUCCAGAGCACAAAAAACAACCCUGUCCUUACGGUAAAAAGUGCACAUAUGGACAUAAGUGCAAGUACUAUCAUCCAGAGCGUGUUAAUCAGCCACAACGAUCUGUGGCUGAUGAGCUUCGAGCGUUUGCCAAAUUGUCUGCGGUGAAAACAAUGAGUGAAGGGGCUUUGGUGAAAUGUGGUACUGGUCUAACAUCGGCAAAGGGGGACAGUAACUCGGAGACAAAACGUGUGACACCUAAACGUCAGUCUGAUCCCAGCAUUCGUUCAGUGGCCUGCGAACCCCCAGAGGCACUGUCUGUUGUGAGGAAGUCUGAGACAAAUUCCGUGCCUUCGCUUGUGUCUGCUCUCAGUGUGCCCACCAUUCAGCCUCCCAAGAGCCACGCAGCUGGGGCCUUGAACACACGAUCAGCCAGCAGCCCCGUGCCUGGGUCUUUGCAGUUUGCGCGCAGUUCCCUUGAGCACAUGUCAAGUGUACAGUACCCACCCAUUUUAGUUACUAAUAGUCAUGGAGCCUCUGUUACAUAUAGUGAACAGUUCCCAAAGUAUGACUCAGUGAGUGACCAUGGGUAUUAUUCACUGCACAGUGAUUUUUCAAACAUGAGCAUGAGCAGCAUGCAUAAUGUGGAUAGUUUCUGUAGCAUGGAGCACGAACAUGGUGUGUACCAGAGAAAUCCUAGCCGCUGCCCAGAGCCCUGCCUCAGCCAUUCUAACAGUGACUCUUUCGCCUCUUAUGGUGACCUGUUCCCGAGCUCUGUGGACAGCAGCUUAGAGGAGGGCAUGAAAGGGCAGCAGCAAUCUCAAGGCAGAAUGCAAGCUUUUUCCCAUGGGUUCCGCCAUGAAGCACUGACUAGGGUACAGAGUUAUGGAUUAGAGGAACCCAAGCAGGGCCCCCGUAAGCAGUCUGGAUCUCAUCUUGCCCCGCACAUUCAACAUGCUGCAGUGGGAGCCAGGUCCAGCUGCCCCGGAGACUAUCCCCUUCCUCAGAACAUCCUGCCGCCUUUGUCCUCACAGCCCACACGUUCUCUUGGUAUGACCCGUAUGGACAGUAUAUCAGACUCCAGGCUAUAUGAUAGUAACCCAAUGAGACAGAGGCGACCGCCACUGUGUCGUGAGCAACAUGCAAGCUGGGACCCUCUGCCAGGUGAAAAAGACUCUUUUGGGUACCACUCCUACCCGCUAAGUAACAGCCUAAUGCCAUGCUGUGAGCGGGUGAUGGUGCGCAGCAUGCCAGAGAAAAUGGAACAAAUCUGGAACUCACCUUGGGAAUUGAUAUCUCUAGCUGAACACCAAGACCGGUAUGUCAUCCCAGAGCACCAGUAUCAAACAUAUCGAAACCUCUGUAACAUCUUUCCUGCUUACGUAGUUCACUCAGUGAUGGAGAAGAACCCUCAUUUGACAGAUCCGCAGCAGCUAGCUGCUGUUAUUGUAACAAAGUUGAGGUCGUGCCACUAAGUAUUUCAGAUUGACUGUAAUAAGAAGCCACUUGUUGAUGGUUGGUAAUUGUGCAGCAUCUACCCUCCGAAACUGUUUUUAUAUCUGAUGGGAGGUCCGGUGGUCACAAUCUACAUUAUAAAGAUGAUGGACAUUAACAGCAUUUAGUUGAAGAUUACUUAAGUUUAGCAUGAAUUGUGAAUUAUCAAUGAAAUGUGGUGGAGUUUAUGAAAGUGCCCCCAUAGAAAUGUGGUUUAUAACAAAUUUAUCAGCGCUUCACAAGACCUGUUCAGCAGCUUCUCAUCAUUUAUAAUAACCUUCUGUAACUUUUAAUAGGAUUCAUAUGUAUGGUCCUGCAGAUUUGAAAUUAAUUAAAUCAAACAUUUUUCAACAUGUUACGUCACUCCAAAGUGUUGUGUAGUUAUGGAUACUUAGUUUACAUGUGUACACAUACAGUAAUAAUGAGAGUGGUUGAAGUGACACUCCACCUAAAUCUGUGUUAUUUCAUUUAUGCAAGACCUAAAUGAUUCAUCUCACACAUACAGAAAAUACUUUGAUAAUUCACUCACCUCUUCAGUUACAUUACACUUUGAAUUUUAUCGUAGUGUAAGUGUAGUGUCACUGUCCAUCCAUCCACACAUUAAUUCCUUCAUUACCUACCAAUGAAGCCUGUUAAGGGAAGCUGUCUGAAUUGAAGCUGACACUGUUCCAGAGGUUUUAAAUAUAAUCUCACUGGUAGUCUUUUCACAGCUCAUCAUUUCACUCCCAUGAAGUUAAAAUACUAAGUAAGAACUUAAUAACAUUCAACAUGAAUGCUGUUUUUCUGUCAGAAUUAUACCAGUCUGGUGAAGCCCUUGGAAUGUGCUUUGAAAGAAUAUGAAAUGUUUCCCUUGCAGUACUACUGCAAGUGAGAUGGUUAAUUCUGCUUCUUGAUUAUUUUUUUUACUUUGCAUUAAAGAUGUAAGAUAAGUCAGAUAGAGCUGAGCACAUAACCUCAGAUAGAGCUGAGCACAUAACCUCAUAGCAUGAACUACCAGAACUAAUUGCCUUAUCUCUGAAUGACCUCAUGCUUUAGUCAUUGUGUAAUUGGUUUUCAAUACGAGUUGUUGAAGCCUCUUCUAUACUUUUAAAUGAAUAGCACUAUCUCAGAACCUAAAGAGAUAUAUUUUCUCAGCCUCACUUAAUUAACAAAGCUACUAUUUUGGUAGACUUGACAAAGUGCACAAAACAAGCCAAAACGAGAUUUGACUUGUUAAAAUCUGUGCACAUUUAUGUACCAAUAGUUACACAAAAGCCAUUGUUUGAAAGAAAUUUAUAAGCUGCUAAAUAAUGCCAAAAAGACAGAAUUUAUAGUGUUAUUGUUGUGAUGAAGUCACAUUUUGGUUCAGAGAACUGGUUGGAUUACUUGGUGAAAUCUGUUUUUGAUCAUUUCGUAAGAUGUAGAGUAUAGUUUCUGAUUCAAGUGGAUGCCACGUCCUGUAUUUUUCUAUUUAUAUACUUGUCAUGUUUGUUGUGUGAGCACUUUUCAUUGUGAAAAGAUUCUUACUAUCUUUGGCUCAAACAGUAGCUCUUAGCGACACCUGAAGGUUGUCAGUGGAGCAUUUUGUUUUCUGAAACAGGUUAAUUUUGGUUGAAAGGCUACAUUCACCUGCACUUGCCUUGUUUGUGGGUUCUGCUGCUAUUAUGGACCAGCUGUCUUACAUGUGGUAGGAAGGAAGGGGGGGGAGGGGCUUUCCUGUAUUUUCUGUGCCCUUCCAUCAUUGCAUCAACAGUUAUUAAGCUUUUAUUUUUGUCGUCAGGAUGUAAAAAUACUCCAGAGAAUACUCCACUUUUUGGCUCCCAAUCAGACUCUUCUAUUUGUCUAUGUCAAAGCCUUUGAGUUUGAAUAUUUAAAAUAAGGAAUCAAUGCCCAUCAAUGGCACCCCACAAGUACUCCAGCUCUUAAAUGACAAACUAUCAAUAGUUACCUUCAUUUUAAACCACCUGGUAUUUGCUUUCCAAACCUGCCGCACAAAAGAAAUCUGUACAGUAAAAAUUAGGGAAAACAUUUUAGCCUAAUUUGGUCAGCAGAAAUACAUAAUCAUCUUUUCAUUUUUUAUAAACACAAAUAAAUAUAUAUUUAUAUCCUGCCUACCAAGUUAAGUGCUGAGAACUUUACAGGCCUUUAUGCAAGAGUUGGUGACAACUAAAGGUCAAACAAACAAGAAUCCCCUGCUCACCUUCAUGUUUCUGCAUCAGUGUCAAUUUUUUUUAAACUUUUUUUUUUUAAAUAUUUUGAAUGUUAAUCAUUUUUUAAAAGUCCUAAUACUACAGCUUUCUUUCGUCCAAGAGGCAGUGUUUGGAUUAGUAAAUAUUUAGCUAAUGCCAUCUUAUAUUUCUUUAAGUACAAUUUUGUUGAAUAAUUAAGGGUUUGCUAUCAAUACAACUGCAUCAUUAUUAAAGUUUUGCCUUCAAUAUUAUAUAAUAAUAUAAUAUAUUUAAAUUAUUAAAUAUAUAUUAAAUUAUAAUUUUCAAUUCCAUUACUCCAGUGCAGACUUUUAAAGUAAACAAACUCCUUAUGGGUGGCGAAAUUCAAAUUUUACUAAUUCGUCUCCUGGAUUCAAAUCAUAUAUUCUAUAUGCCCCCAUAGUAUGCAUGAUGGGGGGCAUAUUUGUAACUUUGUUUUGUAACGUUAAUUGGUAUAUUGGUAUAUUGGUAGGUAGAAAUCCAAAUAGCAGUGCAUGUGGACAAGGUUUUUGUUUUGGUGCCUUAACCUGAUUUAAUCUGUUUCCUUUGUGCAUGCCAAUGUAAUCAAUCGUAAAUGAAUUUCACAAACCUGUCAGGUAACUGUGACAAGAAAAAGUUGCAUAAUUUCUUAAUGAAGUAACAAAAUGUUUUGUUUUCAAACACAGAAAGUGUAUAUAAAUCAAAUGUUUUGUAUGACGGAUAAAGGCAAGGAUGAAGGACGGGUUUGAAUGUGCCUCACAGCACAUUAUUCUCAGGAUGCUUCUAGUUUUUUUCAUUUUAUUAAUUACCUGUCAAGACAAAUGUGUUGAGGUGUGGUUGAAUUUACAUGUGUAAUAAUGAUGGACAACUGCACAUUUCAAAAUUGUAUCUUAACAUAGUACAUGUAACAUGUAGUGUAUCGAUGAAAAUGAGAUGAGAUCAAAUUUGGAAUGUGCAGUUGUACUUAGAGAUGCCAUUCAUUUUCACUUUGAGAUUUAUUUAUUUUAUUUUAAAGGUGGCUUUAUACGAUGCUUCUUUUGUCAAAAUUAUUCAUGUUUGGGUUCAGUUGGAUGCACAGACUUUCUUUUCAUGGAAAAAAGUAUAGCCAGGCAAGGUCAAGAUUCUUUUUUGAAGGCCUCAUCAGAGAGCCACGUAUUAUGCAGCGCGGGCUCGGUGCCUGGGAACAGCCUGUCGCAAUAAAUCCAUAUUUUAAGUAGGACUCCUGGAGUUGUCUGUUAAAUGCAGCUUUCUUUUUCUUUCAAGGUCUGGAGCAGACCUUUUAAGGAGGUAGCGGAUGCAGGUAAAACAUGUGACCGAGGCAAUCCUCUUGACAUGCAACAAUUGUAGGUCAUAGACAGAUGUGGUGGAGAGAAUCUGGUAAUUUUUCAAAAUAAAACAUUGUUCAGAAUCAGAUAACAAAUAAAACGAAAAUAACGUAUUCUUUCUCUGCGACCUGGUACCAACUGAGCCACAGACCAGUGCGGCCAGUGGCCUCGGGGUUGGGGACCACCGAUAUACAGUAUUUGAUAGUGUAGUAGAGUUUCUUCAUCCAGCCAUUUUGGGCAUGAAAGGUUGCCAUGGUAGAGGUUUUGCUACUAACAUAAGAUGUUGAUUCACUGCUGCCUCUUUCAGUUAGCUUAAAUGUUUGAUUUGUAUUUACACAAACUGGUAGCAUCGGAAAUAUUUUUAGGGUUUGAUUUAGUGUUUGACACUAAAAUAAGGCAGCAGUGGACCAACAGCUCUUGUGUCCUCGUAAACUUAAACAUUAUUUUCUUCAUGAACUUUUGUGCAGAUUUUACAGACAAAUGUUUGUCCCAAGAAAGGUUUCGUGGGAAAUGGCCAUUGUUUAUUUAACAGCAAUUUCUAAAAUUCUGGACUAUCACUAAAUUUACAGUUUCAGAUUUUGUAACUUUUGGCCCAAUGUUGUGCUGCAUGAAUAAGCGUUACAGUUUUACAUUCUGGGAAAGAUCCCUCUGUGCAUCAAACUCGUUGUUUUGAUGUUUUGCUGUCUUAAGAAAUAAAAAACACCACCAGUAA